AUGAAGGUUAAUAUAAUUUAAUUUAAAAGUAUAUUUGCUGAUAUUAAUGUAAAUGAAUUUUGGGUUGAAAUAAAAUCUCCUUAAUAAAUGGAAGAUUAAUCUUAAUUAGUCUAUAAGGGUAAGAUGUAUUAAAGUUUAGAAAAAUCGAAAAAAAUGAUUGCUUUUCAUUUCGAAAUAUACCCUGAUAAAUUAAUUCGAAUUUUAGUUAAUUAAAAUGAUGAAAAUUAAGAUGAUAUACACGAAGAAGAAAAAUUUUCAAAAAUGGACUAUUUAAUAUUAAGUUCUUGUUUUAUAAAGAAAAUAAAAAUCUAGGAUUAUUCAAAUAAUCAAUAUACAUAUGGAAUUCGGUUAUAAAAAGAAAAUUUUAAAUGCGAAUUAUUUGCGGAAAACUCUUAUAUGUUUAAUAAAUGGUAUGAUGAAAUUAAAAGAUUUUGCAUUUUAUCGAAAUUUGAUAAGAAAUAUAAAAUUAUAUAAAAAUUAAAUACUUCUAAUUCAUAUAAAUGCUUUCGAUUUUCAGACUCUAAUUAAUAUCAAGUAAAGAUUUUUGACAAAGGGACAAUUUCAAGUUCUUAAGAGAAAUAAAUAUUAAAAGAAACUAGAGUUUUAAGAAAAUUAAAUUCUUAAUAUGUGACAAAAUUACAUGAAGUAUAUGAAAAUGAAAAUAAUCUGUUUAUUGUUUCUGAAUUAGUUUAGGGAUUAGAUAUGAAAUAUAAACUAAGUAACGCAAUAGUUUUAGAUGAGAAAAUAAUAUCUGAGAUAAUAUGGAAAUUAUUAAAUGCAUUAUAACAUAUUCAUUAAAAAAAUAUUUUCCAUAGAGAUAUUAAAUUAGAAAAUAUUCAAUUUAAAAAUCUAAAAACACUAGUAGAUGUUUAAUUAAUCAAUUUUUAAUCUGCAGAUUUUUUUUAUUCUAAUUAAAUUAAAAAUUAUAAAAAAUACGGUACAGCGGGAUUUAUAGCGCCUGAAGUAUUCAAUCAUAGCUAGUAUAAUUAAAAAAUAGACGUUUUUUCAUUAGGCAUCAUUUUCUAUAUAUUAUUGUAUGGGAAAUUACCUUUUGAUUCGAAUACAUUGGAAAACAUAAUAAAAUUAAAUGAAAAAUGUGAAAUUGAUUUUGAUACAAAAAGCCACAUUAUUAAAUGCUCUUCAAGUGCUAAGGACCUAUUAAUCAGGAUGUUGGAAAAAAAUCCUUUGUUAAGACCAAAUGCAAGUGAGUUAAUUAAUCAUACAUGGUUUGUUUGUAUGAAAAAUAAAUAAAGUGCAAUUUAUAAUAGUAUGUCUACUAUUGUAGAAAAGAGCUUUGAAUAAUCAUUUAAUAAAUAAAGUUAGGAUAAUUAUUCGGAAAUUGGGACUACUUUUAUUGAGGAAAAUACUAUAGGAACGGAAACUUUGAAUUAAAAAAUGAAUGUUUUAAAUAGUGAUAUUUAUUAAAAAGUACCUUCUAAGUUUAUUAGAAAUUUAAAUUAAGGAAUUAAUAAGUUUUGA